GUAUUCCUUCAUGCAAAAUAAUCAAGCUUCCAUCAUAUUCUUUCUCUUGAGCAUCUCACAUUUCCUUACAUACUCUUUCUUCAAAAGGUUUCGUUCACUUGAAUAUAUAGUGUUUCCUUGCUUUUUUGAUCGAAAUCUAGGGUUUCCUUACUAACUCAUCGCAAUUGUGACUAAUUAAGCAAGAAAAUAAUCAUGAAGAAUAAGGCUUCUGUUUUCUUGAAGCAGAUAAUCACAUUGUUGAGCUCAAUAGCCAAAGCCAAGUCCCUCGCCAUCAAGAGCAAAACCAGCGCCGCUAAAGCUCGCCUGAUAAUGUUUUCAUUGGUGAAGAACAAGAAGGUUUUGAUGGACACUGUGUCGCACAAGAUCCAUAGCCUUUUAGGUCACGAUCACCGUGAUCAAGAGGAGGAGGAGGAGGAAGGAGACCAAAACAAGAGCAAAACCAGCGCCGCUAAAGCUCGCCUGAUAAUGUUUUCAUUGGUGAAGAACAAGAAGGUUUUGAUGGACACUGUGUCGCACAAGAUCCAUAGCCUUUUAGGUCACGAUCACCGUGAUCAAGGGGAGGAGGAGGAAGGAGACCAAAACAAGGCGCUUGUUCUCUACAAUGCCAUGGCCAAUGAGUACUCGCAUACAGCUGGUACUUCAAGCUACAUGCGAAGGUACAAUGGUGAAGAUGAGGAGGAGGACGAUGACGAUGAUAAGUACCCUGAUCUCACUCACUCGUUGUUCGAUGAAAAUGAGAACUUUGACGAUGUCAAAGCUGGCGGGUCUGUGAUCGAUCUGGUGAAGAAUUCCAAAGAGGAAGGACAGGAUUUCAAGCUGGAAGACGAGAUAGACCACGUUGCGGAUUUGUUCAUUAACAGGUUUCACAAACAAAUGCGCUUGCAAAAGCUUCUAUCCUUCAAAAGGCAUCAAGAAAUGCUCGACAGAAGCGUCUGAAUAUUCUGACAAAUCAACUCAAAAUAAUUACAUGUUGUUUACAUUAAUUGACAAGAAGUAUUGUUAUUAGCAUUCCAAUAUAAUCAUAUCUUGCACUUUUUUUUCAUGAAAGAAAACAAGAAAGGCAAGAGUGUAAGAUGAUUAUUUUAGAGUGCUUAUAACAAUUCUCUAAAUAAUUACGUGUAGGAUGAAUCGAUCGAACCCUAUUAUUUGCCAUCAAACAGGUUAAACUUAUCUGAUUUGGCUAUCUCAUGCAUCUAUUAUUGGCCCAGCUUUUCAGAAAAUUUGAACAUGGCUGGAAAGUGCUUAGGGCUCUGGGGCUUUUUUUCUUUCUAUUGCCUUGUAAUUUUACAAGUAUAAAUGUAGCUGUAAAGCUGUUAGUAAUGUAUACUUUUUGGAAUGGAAUAAAGGUUGGAGUUAGAUUCCA